AUGAAGACUACAGCACUUUGUGUUUUUGCUCUGUUCCUUUCUUCAAUGUUAGUUGAGGGUGGCAUAGUUGUUACACACUGCACUAAGCCUGAUUGCAAGAGAGAAAAAGUACAUGAAUAAGUAGAAAUCUCUUUCGUUUUCAAUCCAUCUAAAAUGUUUUAGAUGGUGUUAAAGUCUAAUUUAAGUUGAAUUUUCUAAGUGGUUCGAUUAUGAAUGGCAAUGUUUUUUACUUUCAUAAGGAUAAUUUUCAGUAAGGAACACUUAUUAGUGAGCGUAGAAAUACCUUAUCUAUGUCUUUAGUCAUGUCAAAAUGAGCUGGAAUCUUUCAAUAAUGUUUUUUCUUUAUCAUUUCAUUCAUAUCAUUGUUGAAUGAUCCUAGUUGUUCAACUCAGUAAUUUUCCGCACUGAAAGCCGCUUUAAACUCUUUUAGGAAAGGACUCUGAAAAAGUUUAGAGAUAAAGGAGAGGCUGGAAAUUUGGAAAUGAUGAAGAUGAACAUCCGAAGACGCUUGGAGGAGGUAAGUACAGGUUUUUAAUUUAUCGUCUCUUCGAUUUGUCUGAUUAAGCCGGUAUCCAAAUAGUUGAAUCGGAAGAAGAAGUCACUCGGUUCUUUUCAUACAUUUUACUCCAAAUAUUCAUCAGAGCUUAACGGUCUUGUUUUUUAUUUCUUUUUUUUCGAAUAAAUUUGAAGAAAAAUUUUAAGAAUAUGUUUGUUGAAUCUUUGUAGGCAAAACGUGAGCAACAGUACCGGAGAGAAAUCUGCUUACGAGCCCGCGAGCUGAGAUGUGGAAUGGAACAAAAGAAAUAGGUUCACUGCAGUGAAGACUACACAGCUAACUUGAACUUAAAGCAUAAUUUCAUUCCUAAAUAACGAAAUUGAGGUGUAGAUACUUUAACCGCUAUCAUCAAUAUUGUGUUCUGUGAAAAUCUAUAAAUUCUUUGAAUUCAAUAAAGGCUGUGCUCC